GGAGGGUGGGUCACCACCUCCCCUGUCCCCCUGUCUCAGGAGGAGGCCGAGCUGCGCAGCGACGGCACCAAAUCCACCAUCAAGCCCAGCCAGAUGUCGGUGGCCCGGAUCACCUGCGUGCGCGGGCAGGGCCCCAACGAGGGGGUCCCCUUCAUCGACGACUACAUCUCCACCCAGGAGCAGGUGGUGGAUUACCUGACCCAGUACUCCGGGAUCAAGCCGGGAGACCUGGAUGCCAAGAUCUCCUCCAAGCACUUGACCACCCUCAAAUCCACUUACCUGAAGCUGCGUUUCCUCAUCGACGUGGGCGUCAAGUUCGUGGGCCACGGGCUGCAGAAGGACUUCCGUGUCAUCAACCUGAUGGUGCCCAAGGACCAGGUGAUCGACACCGUGUACCUGUUCCACAUCCCGAGGAAGAGGAUGAUCUCCCUGCGCUUCCUCGCCUGGUACUUCCUGGACCUGAAGAUCCAGGGAGAAACCCACGACAGCAUCGAGGACGCACAGACGGCGCUGCGGCUCUACCGCAAGUACCUGGAGCUGAGCCCGCAGGGCUCCGAGCCCGAGGAGUUCCGGAAGGUGCUCAAGGGGCUCUACGAGAAGGGCCGAAAGCUGGACUGGAAGGUGCCCGAGCCCGACAGCCAGAGCAGCCCCAAGCAUGGGGCCGUGUUCCCCUCCGUGCUCGCCCUGUGACCGGAGCCCCUGCAGGUGGAUAAACACGUGUGGAACUGGAACCAGCAGCGGGGUCGGGGCUGUCCCCGACCCUGCCCGACCCCCCCGGGCCUCCCCCGGGGCCCGGCGCCCCGGGACCCCCUUUCCCUGCCGGUACCGGGAAUCCCUGCCCGCCCCCCCAUCCCUCGCCCGCCGGCCCGGGCGCCCUCAUAAAGCACCUCGGACACCCGC